GACUGACGUCACCGUUGCGCCUGCGCGGAAUGCAAUCCCGGAAACACUAUACUUGUUUUGCGUUUUACUAGCAAUGACUUAAACCGGACAUAAGAUUCGAUUAAUUCUCACAAACGGCCGCCAUUAUGUUGCUGUGUUUUAUCCGCGUUCACGAAAGUGGCUGUCCUCUAAGUAAGAGACAUUAAGAGAGUGUUUUGGGGCGGUUAGCUGGUCCCGACAAGUUUCGUGGCGAUGGACAGCACAGCUUUGGAGCUCGACGCUGUCAGGUUUGCCAAAACAGCCGUCACGUAUGACCACAAUGGCAAGUAUAACGAAGCCGUCUUUUAUUAUAAGGAGGCAGCCCAGGCCCUCAUCUAUGCCGGCAUGGCCGGCUCCAAACUGGAGGGAAUCCAGGACAAAGUCAAUGAGUACUUGGAUAGAGUGCAGACCCUCCACAAUGCGUUCGAGGCGCAGAAUAGCGACCCGCUGAAGUCCCGGCAGCAGGUAGACCUCGAGCGCGCCCACUUCCUGGUCACUCAAGCCUUUGAAGAGGACGAGAAGGGAAACGAUGAAGAAGCCAUUGAACUCUACACUCAGGCUGUGGAGCUAUGCAUUAAGACGUCGAACGAGACAUCUGACCAGGCUCUUCAGACCAAGCUGAAACAGUUGGCCCAUCAGACUUUAGACCGCGCUGAAGGUCUCAAACAAUCACAGUCCAAGUUAAGUCCGGCCCAGCCUCAGGACCGGGCGGGGCCUUCGGGGGCAAAACCGAGCUCAUCAGGACCCGCCCGUCAGUUUUUCCCCCUCGGGCCUGACUUCACCCUCAACGACCGCCAUCAGCCUCAACCGGUCCGGCCGGUCCAGUCCAGCGAACCCCAUGGUCAGCGCUACACAUCUGAGGAGAUCGAGGUCCUCAGGAGCACGUCGACAAUCAACGGCAUCGCCUACGUGCCCUUCAUGAGCGUGGACCUCAAGGAGCGCUUCGCCUUUCCGGUGCCUUUCUCGGACAAAACGGGAAAUCUGGCGCUGUCGCCCAAACAGAAAGCCAUCUUCUCCCGCUGGGUCCGCCCUGACGAGAUGUGCACCAGUCCCACCAUGAUCAUGUCCGUGUCCAGCUUCAGCAUCAAGCAGACGGUGGUGUCCGACUGUUCGUUUGUGGCCUCGCUCGCCAUCAGUGCCGCUUACGAGAGGCGCUACAACAAGAAGCUCAUCACCAGCAUCAUCUACCCUCAGAACAGGCGAGGAGAGCCAGAGUACAAUCCAUGCGGGAAGUACAUGGUCAAGUUACACAUCAACGGUGUCCCCAGGAAGGUCAUCAUAGACGACCUCCUGCCUGUGGAUCGUGGCGGCGAGCUGCUGUGCUCGUACUCCAGCAACAAGAACGAGCUGUGGGUGUCCCUCAUCGAGAAGGCCUACAUGAAGGUGAUGGGCGGCUACGACUUCCCCGGCUCCAACUCGAACAUUGAUCUGCACGCACUCACUGGCUGGAUCCCUGAACGCAUCGCCAUGCACUCCGACAAUCAGUCGUUCAGCAAAGACGACUCUUUCCGCAUGCUCUUCCAGAGGUUCCACAGGGGAGACGUCCUCGUCACCACAGCAACUGGGGUGAUGACAGAGGAGGAAGGGGAGCGAUGGGGUUUGGUGCCCACUCAUGCCUAUGCAGUUCUGGACAUCAGGGAGUACAAGACUAUGCGUUUCCUGCAACUGAAGAAUCCGUGGAGCCACCUGCGCUGGAAGGGGCGCUACAGCGAGCGAGACGACAAGAACUGGACCCCGGAACUCCUCAAAUACCUCAACUUUGACCCCAAGACUGCACAGAAGUUUGACAACGGUGUUUUUUGGAUCGCGUGGGAAGACCUAUGUCAGUACUAUGAUGUCAUCUACCUAAGCUGGAACCCUGGCCUCUUCAAAGAAUCCACAUGUAUUCACAGCAGCUGGGAUGGAAAGCAGGGCCCCGUGAAGGACGUCUACAGUUUGGCCAACAACCCCCAGUACAAGCUGGAGGUGCAGUGUCCAGCAGGGGGCGCUGCUGUAUGGGUCCUCCUCACCAGGCACAUCACGGACAAGGAGGACUUUGCUCAGAAUCGAGAGUUCAUCACGCUUGUUGUUUACAAGACUGACGGCAAGAAAGUUUACUAUCCAGCCGAGCCCCCUCCUUACAUCGACGGCAUCCGAAUCAACAGCCCCCACUACCUGACCAAGAUAAGGCUGACCAGCGCAGGAACGCACACCUUCACGCUGGUGGUGUCGCAGUACGAGAAGCAGAACACCAUCAACUACACACUGCGAGUUUACUCAGGAUCCAAAUUCAACUUCUCCAAGAUCCCAAAUCCCUUCACACACACCAAGAGGAUUAACGGCCAGUGGAAAGGCCUGAGCGCCGGAGGCUGUGGUAACUACAAGGACUCGUACAAGAACAAUCCCAUCUACCAAGUCCAGUUGGAGCGGGCUGGUCCCCUGCUGGUAGAACUGCGAGGAUCCAGACAGUACAGUGUGGGCUUUGAGGUGGUGACCGUGUCGUCGGCAGCAGACGCCAACACAACAUCAAACAAGAGGAACAGUGGAGACUACAGAUGCGGUUUCUGCUACAUGGAAGCCGAGCACGUCCCCGCUGGCAUCUACAACGUCAUCCCCACCACCUUCCUGCCCAAACAGGAAGGACCCUUCUUCUUGGACUUUGCGAGCACCGCCCCCCUCAAGGUGUCUCAGCUGCAAUGAAGGACUUCCUCGUCUUCUGGGCUCGGCCCAUACAGGACUUCCAGUGAAAGGAUAAAUUAUUGUGGUUAAUAUUAUGAAAACGACGUGGUUCGAGGAUCAGUUAGCCAAAGUGAAGUCAAAGUUUGACAUUAUAUUUGCCAUCAUCAUCAUGUACACAAUAAAUAUGUCAUCAUCUUCCAAA